UCGUGCCAUCUCGCUCUGAUUUUCCACACUAGCGGUGAUCGUCGUCGUCCAACCGACCGACCGACCGUUGCCAAUUUAAUAAUGAUUUAGUCGAAAUCAAGUUAGUCUCUUUGUUCAUUCCACCGGAUUAACAAGUAACGUUCUCUCAGAAAGUAGCGCCAACCAGGGGGGCACUCAACACCAUGGCAACAGCCAAAGUCGUCGUAAAGGACACCCGCGGGGCCGACGCACUGGAUUUGGUCGACGACUUCAACCGGCGCAAGCUGACCCUCAACAAGCACUGGGUGCGUCCGACGUUCCUGCAGUACCGCUACAUGUACAACUACCGUUACAACUACUACGACGACGUCAUCGAUUACCUGGACCGGCGGGCCCGGGGAGCCCCCGGCGAGAUCCCGCGUCCCCAGUACUGGGCCGAGCGGGUUCUGCGAACCGAGCGGAAAGAACCCAAGGACAUCGAGACGAUGUACAACUACACCAACAUCGGCCUAAAGCGGGACGAAAAGAGGCUGACGUACACCCUAAGUAAUCAGAUCAAAUCGUACAACGUUCACUCCAAGCGCUACCUUAACAGCAAAUACGCCCGAAUUCUGUAAUCUGGUUGAAGAGUCUACGUCACUCCUACCAGUAACAUACAAAAAACCAUGCAAAACCAACCAGUUCAAGGAACAACUACCAACCAAAAAAACACGGAACCGCUUUAAAAACCUAACCAAGGCAGAUUGGAGUAGGCGACGAGACUAAAACAGGACCCCUGAAGUCGAUCAUCUGUCGGAGAGAUAAAAAAAUAAUGCUUUUAACGCAGCAACCGGCGCCCACGAAACUGCCUGCAAAAAAAUAGCAAAAAUUUCCCAAAAAUGCCAAAAAAUCCCAGCUAAAAUGCACCUUUUUCAUUAUUGAUAAAACUACCAAAAGUAACCCUAACCUAAAACUGCAAAAUCCCCAGCGAAACUUUCAAACAAAAGCCACCCCACCCCCAAGCCAAAGCAUCCAAACGAAACAGAAAAAUAACAGAGAGACUAAACAAACAAACGAAAACAAACAAAAUACGACACUUCUGCUUAACCGGCGAAGCAAGCGGGGACAAAACGACCUCGUUGUUUUAGUAGAACCAUUUUGUCCUGAUUUAUCUUAUCUAACCUACUAGCUAUUUGCAUAUCCUAGCCCUUAAGUGAGAGACACGUUU